CAAAGUGUGAAAACGAAAUGUGAAAACAAAUGUGAAGCAAAGUGUGAAGCAAAGUAUAAAGCAAAGUGUGAAGUGAAAUGUGAAAUAAAAUAUGAAGGAAAAUAUGAAGCCCAGUAUGAA